CUUUUAACACAGUUCUAAUUCUGAAAUCAAUUCGUAAUUUUCAAUCAUGACGACUUUUCCGAAAUAAUAGGAUUCGCAUGUCCUGCACAUGGACGCAUGUGUAUGGUUCGGCGUGAUCCGCAAUAGGCUCUACAUAACCUUAAUUUCUGUCAUAACCUAAAAGUUAAUGACUGUGAGUGAGUGUGACCAUACAAAACAGGACUUUUAUUGUCAUCAUGAAUAAGAUACACCGUCUCGAGAAAACAUUAACGUAUUUACGAUCUCUGAGUGUUUUGAGAGUGAAUUUCUUGUGCACGAGAAGUUUCUGUACAAAUAAGAAUUCAGAAGAGCAAAGCAACGAUUCGCACUCGAAGACUGUGGAGCACGGCAUCGAGAAGCAGCAAGUUGUAACGCAAACGAAAGAAAACGCAGAAGCAUCGGAAUCUGAAGCAAAAUUGAGCGGCUUUGCGCAAAGUUACAAAAAGUUCUCACACAUUGACGAUAAAAAGCCAGAAACGCCGCGGACGUUUGCUUCCUUGGUUCGAAAUUCAAAGUUUGUCGAUUUGGGCGACCCCGAAGGGAAAAUCGUAACUGGUGAGAUAUUUCAUGUGGUUGGCGAUGACUUGUACAUCGAUUUUGGAUGGAAGUUUCACUGUGUUUGUCAAAAACCUAUCAAGAAUGGACAAUAUUAUGUGAGAGGAUCUAAAGUUCGGUUAAGGAUAAAGGAUUUGGAACUUUCUUCCAGAUUCUUAGGUGCUGUCACAGAUAUAACUCUUCUGGAAGCUGAUUGCACUUUAGUUGGCUUGAUAUCGUCACCAUUACAAGUGGCAGAACAAAGAACAAGGAUGGCUAGAAAACCGAGAAUACAAGACUUUUAAUAAUAUUAAUUUUGUAAUAUUAUUAGAGUCGUAAUUUAAUAUUUUUUAAAUAUAAUAUCCAUACUAAUUCAAAAUUAAAUCUGCAGUAAUUUUUCUCUAAUUAACAUAUAGAUUAUAUAAAUGUUAUUUUACAAUA